CACCCCGGCGGGGACGUCCGAACGGCGGCACUCUUCAGCCGCGCUCCGGCGGCACUCUUCGGCCGAGCUCCGGCGGCACUCUUCGGCCGAGCUCCGGCGGCACUCUCAGCUCUUUGUAACGGCCUUUGUGGAGGAGCCCUGUCUACCGCUCAGGCAUGGCUCAUUGUCGGUCCGAUUAUUUGACGUUCAGCGUCACUCGAUGACAUCUGGCGACACGUGUGACCUUUCCCUGGUGUGAUAUCUCGGUGGAUGGGCCCGCCGCUCGCAGUCUCACCUCGCCGAGAGUCGCGCCCGGUCCCGGUCCGCCCGUCUCUCAGAGUCGUGCUCAGGUCCGCUCGCUCAGAGCCCCGCCCGGUCCCGGUCCGCCCGCCCGCCGUCCGUAUGGCCACCAUGCAGCUGGGACUGCUGGUUGUCCUGGCCGCGGCCGCCUCCGCCACCGUGAAGGAGGAGCCGUGCCAGCAGCCGCUCAAAAUCGGCCCGUGCGAUGCUCUCGUGCCGCGCUGGUACUUCUCGGCCAAACAGGGCAGGUGCCUGAAGUUCAACUGGGGAGGCUGCGACCCCAACGGAAACAACUUCGAGUCCCUGAAGGACUGCGAGAAGCAGUGUUGUGCUCGCGGAUGUGGUAAACCAUGCGAGCAGCCGCUGAAAGUAGGACCCUGCAGGGCCGCGAUCCCACGCUUCUAUUAUUCAGCUAAGGACGGAAAAUGCAUGGAAUUUAGCUGGGGCGGCUGCGACCCCAACGGAAACAACUUCAUGACCCUCGCUGACUGCAACAAGCAAUGCAACCCCUGCCUUCGGCCUAAAAAGGUGGGACCCUGUAAAGCCAGGAUGCCCCGGUACUAUUUCUCCACCAAAGAGAACAGGUGCCUCAAGUUCUACUGGGGAGGCUGCGACCCCAACGGAAACAACUUCGAGUCCCUGAAGGACUGCCAGAAGCAGUGUUGUGCUAGCGGCUGUGGUAAACCAUGCGAGCAGCCGCUGAAAGUAGGACCCUGCAGGGCCGCGAUCCCACGCUUCUAUUAUUCAGCUAAGGACGGAAAAUGCAUGGAAUUUAGCUGGGGCGGCUGCGACCCCAACGGAAACAACUUCAUGACCCUCGCUGACUGCAACAAGCAAUGCAACCCCUGCCUUCGGCCUAAAAAGGUGGGACCCUGUAAAGCCAGGAUGCCCCGGUACUAUUUCUCCGCCAAAGCGAACAGGUGCCUCAAGUUCUACUGGGGAGGCUGCGACCCCAACGGGAACAACUUCGGCACGCUGUCCGAGUGCCGACAGCGCUGCGGCGCCGGCCGACCCAAACUCUGCCGGCUGCCCAAGGUGGUCGGGCCGUGCUUGGCGGCCUUCCCGCGCUACUACUUCAACGGCAAACGCUGCGCCAAAUUCACCUACGGCGGCUGCGGCGGGAACGCAAACAACUUCCGGACCGUGGGCGAGUGCAGGAAGACGUGCCGGGCGCAGAGCAUCCUGGUCUCCACCGAACUACUGAUCAAACAGCUCACGUCCGCCGACAAACAACCCAAGCCGUGAAGUCCCGACAAACAACCCCAGCCGUGACGUCCCGACAAACAACCCAAGCCGUGACGUCCCGACGAACAACCCAAGCCGUGACGUCCCGACAAACAACCCAAGCCGUGACGUCCCGACAAACAACCCAAGCCGUGAAGUCCCCACAAACAACCCCUGCCGUGACGUCGCCUCUGGGUCCCGGCGCCGCCCUCGGGCACACGGCACACACCAUCACUAUCAUUCAGCAGACCACAGCUGCUGUGUGACUGAAUGCAGUACCGGUUUACAUAGCCUUGGUAGUACCCCUUCUGCUGUCCUCUUAGUGGUUCUCGUGUCUAUUUCAUCUUUAAGUACAUGAUUAGUGUCUGCCACAUGUGUUUUAUUGAAGUUGUUUUUAUAAAAACAGCGCUCUGCGCAAUGGACGUAGCAUUGCCGAUCAAAAUCUCAACGGCAAACGCUGUUAAGUGUUUGUCCAAUGUUUGGACAAGCACUUAAAUCCAUGUUAAUCCGGUGUUUAACCGUAUGUUCGCUCAUAUCGUCUGUCCAAUAAAUGUUCCCUCGCAUCGAUAAA